AUAUUUUCCCCUCUGGAAAACCUCGAACCAAAUUUCAACGUUCCCCUCUCUCUCUCUCUCUUCUUAAAGGAAUCUUCCUUCUCCCCCUCAUCACAAACCUACCCAUUAUUUAAUUCCUUCUUUUCUAGCUUCCUUGUUACCAAUCAAUCAUUGGGGUUGGAGGAAUUUGAGGAAUAAGAGGACUGAGAGGGUUCAAUUUUCAGUUUUUGUAAUUUAGGGUUUCCUUUUUCGUCAUCGGUUUUCUUGUUUGAAUGCGAGUUUUGGGUUUAUUGGGUGGUUAUUGAAUCAAAAUCGUGAACAAAAUUUGAUUUUUUUUGGUGGGGUGUGGGGAAAAAUGGAUUUGGGGAUUUCUGAUGAGUUGUUAGGAACUUUUGCCCCUAUACUAGUUUACUGGAUUUAUUCUGGGAUUUAUGUUGUUCUGGGAUCAUUUGCUGAGAAUUAUAGGUUACACUCUAAGCAGGAUGAGGAUGAAAAGAAUUUGGUUUCUAAGGCUGCUGUUGUUAAAGGAGUUCUCAUCCAACAGGCACUUCAGGCUGUGGUUGCAACUCUCUUGUUUGCAGUCGCAGGAAGUGAUAGCCAGAAUCCCGGCAGUCAGAAUGCUUCUCUCCUUGUGUCAUUAAGACAAUUUGUAACUGCUAUGCUUGUAAUGGACACAUGGCAAUACUUUUUGCAUAGAUACAUGCACCAGAACAAGUUCCUAUACAAACAUAUCCACUCUCAACAUCACAGACUCAUUGUACCCUAUUCGUUCGGAGCUCUGUACAAUCAUCCUGUGGAGGGGCUUCUUAAUGACACUGUGGGCGGGGCUUUAUCUUUCCUCAUCUCCGGAAUGAGUGCUCGGGCAUCCAUCUUCUUCUUCUCCUUUGCCACGAUUAAGACUGUGGAUGAUCACUGUGGGUUGUGGCUCCCUGGGAACCUCUUCCAAAUGUUUUUCCAAAACAAUUGUGCUUAUCAUGAUGUACACCAUCAGCUCUAUGGCAACAAGUACAACUUCUCACAGCCAUUCUUUGUUAUGUGGGAUCGAAUCUUGGGUACCUACAUGCCAUACAGAUUGGAGAAGAGGGAGGGUGGGGGUUUUGAAUCUAGACCUUGUAAAGAUUACAAGGAUGAGUAGCUUUUUUGCUUGGUGAGCAUUCUUUAUGUGUACUACUAGUAUUGUUUUACCUUCUUAUGAGCAACACUGCCGGAGUGAUCACGUCUGUAUAUACGUAUGAUGUGUCCUAUUCUAUAUUUUUCUUUCCCUUCUGUCCAUACUAGAUAGAAUAAAUAAUGGAAAUUGCGGGGAAACCUAUCAAGUUGUGAUUUUCA